UUUAAUUCCUGUAAAAAUCAUCACUAAACAGAAAAAUAAAAAACAAAAAAUAAGUAAAUUUCACAAACCAUAAUGGGAUACGCACGUGGUGUUAGGCAGGCACGUGCGACUGUUUAUCACUUGCCAUCGUCUCAACGAUAAGAAAGAUAUUUAUUUCUCAACCUUACGAAAAAACAAAAAAAAUCCUGAACUUCACUUCACUCACUCAAUUUCCCGCUCCAGGGAAAAGCUCAACUAAAAUCAAAAUUCUAGGGUUUUCCAGUAUCUGGAGCUUCUAAAUUAAGUGAAAGAAACAUAUGCAGAUGCAGUCAGUCUCCUCCUAUUCAUUAUACUUCACUUCUUGUAGCAGACUCGAACAACACUGCUUUCACAAAAUGGCUGCUUUUAGUGCUAUCUCUCUUUGUCCCUACAGUCUUUUGCACCGGCCUAGGCCUUCCACAAGAAAGUAUCCCAUUUCUUGCUCUAUCGGCUCUUCUUCAACAAUAGGCAGUCAUGGAUCCAAAGCACCACGUAAAAGAUCAGGAAGAAUGGAAGGGGCUGGGAAAAGUAUGGAGGAUUCUGUUCAGCGCAAGAUGGAACAGUUUUAUGAAGGGUCUAAUGGUCCACCUCUUCGCAUUGUUCCAAUUGGUGGCCUGGGUGAGAUUGGGAUGAAUUGCAUGCUUGUUGGGAAUUAUGAUCGCUAUAUACUAAUUGAUGCUGGUGUUAUGUUUCCUGACUAUGAUGAGCUUGGAGUCCAAAAAAUUAUACCUGAUACCACAUUUAUAAAAAGAUGGAGCCACAAAAUUGAAGCUGUUAUUAUAACUCAUGGGCACGAAGAUCACAUUGGUGCGUUGCCUUGGGUUAUCCCAGCUCUGGAUUCCCGUACUCCGAUUUAUGCAUCAUCUUUUACGAUGGAGUUGAUAAAAAAGCGCCUGAAAGAGCAUGGGAUUUUUCUUCCAUCUAGACUUAAGGUCUUUAGAACAAGGAAGAAAUUUAUAGCUGGGCCUUUUGAAGUAGAGCCUAUCAGGGUGACUCAUUCCAUUCCUGACUGUUGUGGGCUGGUACUUCGCUGCUCUGAUGGUACAAUUCUUCACACGGGGGACUGGAAGAUAGAUGAGUCACCAUUGGAUGGCAAAGUCUUUGACCGUGAAGCACUUGAGGAACUGUCAAAAGAAGGAGUGACAUUGAUGAUGAGUGACUCAACUAAUGUACUGUCACCUGGAAGGACAAUUAGUGAAAGUGUAGUAGCAGAUUCAUUAUUGAGACAUAUUUCAGCUGCCAAAGGAAGAAUCAUUACUACCCAGUUUGCAUCAAAUAUACAUCGCCUAGGAAGUGUGAAAGCUGCUGCUGAUUUGACUGGUAGAAAGUUGGUCUUUGUUGGUAUGUCCUUAAGGACAUAUCUGGAUGCAGCUUGGAAGGAUGGAAAGGCACCGAUUGAUCCAUCCACUCUGGUGAAAGUGGAAGAUAUUGAUGCUUACGCUCCAAAGGAUCUGCUAAUUGUUACGACUGGAUCACAAGCAGAGCCACGUGCUGCACUGAAUCUUGCAUCAUAUGGUAGUAGUCAUUCCUUCAAAUUGAACAAGGAUGAUAUAAUUCUAUAUUCAGCAAAGGUAAUCCCUGGCAAUGAAUCUAGGGUGAUGAAAAUGAUGAAUCGUAUAUCAGAGAUUGGGUCAACUCUGGUAAUGGGCAAGAAUGAGCUGCUGCACACAUCUGGCCAUGGGUAUCGUGGAGAAUUAGAGGAGGUACUUAGGAUUGUGAAGCCGCAACAUUUUCUUCCCAUACAUGGAGAACUCUUGUUUCUGAAAGAGCAUGAAUUGCUUGGGAAAUCUACUGGUGUUCGACAUACUACUGUUAUAAAGAAUGGAGAGAUGCUUGGAGUCUCCCACUUAAGGAACAGAAAAGUUCUAUCUAAUGGCUUUAUUUCCCUUGGGAAGGAAAAUUUGCAGUUGAUGUAUAAUGAUGGUGAUAAAGCAUUUGGCACGUCAACUGAGCUUUGCAUUGAUGAGAGACUAAGAAUUGCAACAGAUGGCAUUAUAGUGAUUAGCAUGGAGAUUUUACGCCCACAAAAUGCAGAAAGCCUCACUGCGAACACCAUAAAAGGAAAAAUAAGAAUUACAACACGCUGCUUGUGGCUAGAUAAAGGGAAGCUUUUAGAUGCCCUUCAUAAAGCUGCCCAGGCUGCACUAUCAAGCUGUCCUGUGAAUUGUCCUUUAUCUCACAUGGAAAAGACAGUGUCCGAGAUUCUGAGGAAGAUGGUAAGAAAGUACAGCGGUAAAAGACCUGAAGUCAUUGCCAUUGCUGUGGAAAAUCCAGCUGGAGUUCUUUCCGAUGAGCUCAAAACAAGGCUAUCUGGCAACUCUCGUGUUGGUUUUGGAAUAUCAGCACUGAAAAAAGUAGUUGAUGGAUAUCCAACGAGAAAUCGCUCAAACAAAACACAAAUGGAAAGCAAUGGUUAUAUGCAUGUAGAUAACACAUUACAGCAAAAUCUGGAAGUUGAUGAUAGUGAAGUUGGGAGACUACAACCUGAUGAAAAUACUGCAGCCUCAAUUUCAAGUUCACCUGACAGACUUCCCUCCAACUCUCAAGAUCAAGAUGAUUUUUGGAAAUCAUUUGUUUCAUCUAAUCCAAUUGAUACUUUGGUUCCACAAUCAGAACACAUAAAAGAGCUCGAGGAUGAUGGUAGUCUGAGCAGUGACGAUGAGUCCAUGGAAAUGCAAGAUCAGAAAUCAAAGCCUUCCAAGCGUGUGAAAAGAAAUAAAUGGAAACCUGAAGAGAUUAAGAAGCUGAUAAAAGUGCGUGGGAAAUUACAUGAUAGAUUUCAAGUGGUAAAGGGGAGAAUGGCUCUCUGGGAAGAGGUAUCUAAUAGAUUGAUGAUUGAUGGUAUUAAUCGAAGUCCUGGGCAGUGCAAAUCUUUGUGGGCAUCCCUGAAUCAGAAAUACGAGGAAAGUAAGAGUGACGAGAACGGCCAAACAGUUUGGCCUCAUUAUGAAGACAUGGAUAAAAUUCUAUCUGCUUUUGGGGAAAUGACAACAAAGUGAUUGGGAGAGGGGAGAAAGCUGUGCAUCAAACAUUUCUGAAGAGCCUUCAACAGCCAUGUUUUUUCAAAUAAAGCCUGGACAGUGAUGAAUGGGGUGAUACAAUUAGCAGAGGCACCUGAUCAGGGAUGUAUACGAAUUAGGGGCAAUGUUGAAGGUUUGUUUAAUGAAAUACACCUGCGAUUACAAAAGAAAGAAAUGAUAUUGAUAGUGAUAUUGUAGCCAUAGGGGCUUUUAUGAAAUGGUGAUCUGGUGUAUAUUAUUUGAGUACUGUAUUUGUGGAGGAUGUUUUCUUUCCUUUGCUUCUAUUUGUUAUUUUUGUUACAUUAAUAAAACUCUGAUCUGACGCAGCAAUACCGCUAGGUUCUUGGUUGAAUUUAUAAAGAUCCAUAAAGUGAUUCUUUCCUAGUCA